AUGGAUGCCGGUUCUUCCACUGGCCACGGUCUUCCCGCGAUCCUUCAGAUAAUGAGCAGUGGCGUCUUGCCAACCAGUAGCGAUAUGGUCCAGGCCGGAGCUCUAGCUGUCGGUCGUCAACUGCAAACACCAGGACCUUACCCCUCACUGUUGCAGUCGCAGAUACCCUUGACGGCAGCUCAAUACCUGGCCGCCAACCUCGCCCAUUUCCAAUGUGCUCCUUCGUAUCUCACACCGGUGGGUCGAUGUACAUUGGCUAACGUUUACCUUGAGUAUCUCUUCAAUGUGUAUGGGUCUACCACGAAUCAAAUCGUAAACGAUAUGCUUGCAUUUUUCCACGAAUUGGAACGUGUGAGCGCUUGCGGAGGAACAUACACGGAGCAACCGGAUGUCCAAUUUGACGUUAGCAACUUUUGCAUCCAUACUGUCAUCAUCCCAGUUAUGUAUUUCAUCAACGAGUACCUGAGACUACGGUACGAUGAGUGUCUCGUCCCCGGUCAGAACAGACAACUAGUAGAGUGUCAAUAUCGUUCGCCACAGGGCGGUAAUAUUUCGAAAGAUAAGAAAGUAUUCGUCAUGCAGUUUUCUGGCAUAAUGGGGCAGAAAUCCCUGGUAUUGUUUAUGCAGAAGGCACGUUAUUGA